CAAUACUACAUGAUGCCUCAUUUCUUUACUGACCACACACACUCAUCACCAUAAGACAAUUUAAGUUAGCACCGACCCACAGAGGAUGCGGCUUGAGCAGUCUUGGUGAAGCAGAUGAAAACCACGGGGUCUCUUACAGAGCAAACUGCUGUAUAAAAGCGUUGACUUGCACAACAAAGACAACAGGUUCAGUCUGCUGCCAACAACAUGCAUGCUCUACACGGGUUUCUGCUUUUUCAUCUUCUGACAUGUCUUGGACUUCACGCACUUGGGAGUGAAAUCAUAAAUGGUAAAAAGGUCCCUGAGAACUUAAUGCUGUAUAUGGCCUCGGUGCAGAACAACGAGGGACAACAUGUGUGUGGAGGAUUCCUAAUCAAUGAAGACUUUGUGCUCACUGCUGCACACUGUGAUGACGGGAAACCUACAAGUGUCGUCCUUGGCACCCACAAUCUCAAGAAGGUUGAUAAUGACACAAUGAGAUACAGUGUGAAGACAUGCAAGCAUCCAUCUUAUGAGAGUGUCUCAAAGGGGGAUGACAUCAUGCUCCUCAAAUUGUCAAAGAAAGCUCGACUGAACAAGAGAGUACAACUGAUUAAACUUCCGAAGAAUGAGAUUAAAAUAAAGGAUAAAGCAAAGUGCCGUGUGGCUGGAUGGGGUUACACGGAGACUGGUGGUAAAAAGGUUGACGUGCUGCAAGUGGCAGAUGUGUCUAUCAUAAACCCAGAGGUCUGUAAGGAAGAAUGGCUUAAAGUUCCAUCUAAAGUUCAAGUUAAACUUCCUGCCAAUGUUAUCUGUGCAGGUGGAUAUGGCACAAAGAAAGGAUUCUGCCGGGGAGAUUCUGGUGGUCCUCUGGUGUGCGGCGGGGAGGCAGUUGGUGUUGUGUCUUUCAACAUGAACGGCAACUGUGACUACCCAAAUGUACCCAAUGUCUACACGAAUAUAUCAAAAUACCUUUCCUGGAUCAAAAAGAUUCUCAAGCAAAGGAACUGUUAAAUGUAACAAUUCAGCAUACUUUUACUGUAUUAUACUGGCUCCCUGGCUCCACUUCCACAUCAGGUCAACUGAUGCUGUUACUGCCUUUAAAUCUUUUUUUUGUGUUGUACAAUAAUUAUUGUUCUCUACCUACUGUUACUGUUAUUAAAUCCAUUAUGCCUUGUAAAUUUCCAAACUUCAAAACUGUGCUUUUUUGCUUUAAAAGUGCUUUAUAAAUAAAACUAUAAUUUUUAUCAUUACUAUCAUGGAGGUACUGCUGUCUUUAAGAUGCUCUGUCAGUGUUAAGCUCUUUGUCUGAGAGGAAAAUAAAAGUUCAAUGUGAAAUGUCAAA